AUGAACCGAACUGUCGGGUGAGUUCUCUUGAGAGAAGAUCAAAUAACCAGAGGAUCGUCGUUAAGGUUUCUGCUGCUGACUGCACUUGCAUGCACUGUUAUUCCGAAGGCUGAGGCACAGUAUUACAGUCUUUAUGUGAGUCAUUCCCCGCAAUCCCCCAUUCAUUCAGAACUUUAUAAUAUUCCAUCUGUCUGUAGGGAUAUCAAAAAGUAGUCAACAGAUGAAACGUACAAUGAGUAGCUGACCACUUUGUGAUAUCUCCACCGGCAGCGGAGAAUAUUCCUAAAACGGUAGAACAAACUUUCAGUACCCGUACUACACGUAUUACCCGUACUCGUACUACUACUACUAUCCCUCCUAUUACGUGUUGGGCAAGCGAUCUGCAGGAGUGGACCACAAACAGGUCGGGAACGCCCGCCCACGCCCAUAAAGUCGGAAUUUCAGGUGGUGAGUGAUCAAGUGAUGCGGAUGACACGCGGAACUCAUCAUCGUGCCAAGUGA